UGCAUACCAUAUGACAUAGUCUAACAAGCAUUCCCUCCGAUCGUAUUACGGCUCCGCGGUCGAAUGAUCACGAAACACCGGCACGAUUCUUGACUGGCAAUGGAUUCGCUGCGCCGGCUGGCCUUUACACCUCUUUUACUCGGUAUUCAUGCAGCACACCUUAUAGCCCUGCAAGUGUCUGCAGCAACUUCCGGGGGUAGCCGUAUCGCCUCUUCAUCUUCGAGAAAUAUCCAGCGCCAUCCGAGGCACGUCGCUUUCUCCAUAGUAACCUCUCAUGGGCGAAAGGCAGCAUCUUCGAGAGAGUCCACUGGCGAUGGACGCUCGACGGUGACAUGUCGAACGGCGAGAAGUCGAAAAGGGAAGGAAAAGGCGGAAGACGUGCGAUGGACAACCGAAGAGGCUCUGGUCCUCCAGGCCGUACGAGAAGCUGUGACCUGGGCGCUCCAGAACGAGAUCGAUGAGAUCAGCCUUUGGAACGAAGACGGACUGCUGCAAGCCGUCUUGCCUGGUCUACUUGCCAUCCUUGUUCAUUCUCCGCCGACACCGCCCGCUUCAGGGACUUGUUCACCGCCCCGGUCCCUCUCGCCGGAUACCGUCCAAACUCUAGGUGCUUCGGGUCCGUCAUCAGCAAGUUCGAGCGGAGGAGGGAACCUACAGACUGCUGGGCAACGUGAGACCCAGAGUUAUACAGUCUGGCCCGACAUGGAAGAAAUGCUAAAGGAGGCCCAAGUCGGACAGAAGCUGCGACUCAAGCCGUUGUCCGUACAUGUGCUACCUACGAGGACGUCAGAGGACAUGCUGGCCGAGAUGGCGCAAGACCUUGUGAGGCAGGAUAUCCCGCUAGAAGCGAUUACGAUCGAGCAUAUGGACGACCUGAUCAGAGAAUCUUUACAUUUCCAUACCGAUCCUGAGCUCUUGAUAGUGCAUCAUACACCUGGAUCUGAUCGAGCCAAACCCACCGACGAGGCCGGCACAAGAGGCUCGGAUGCAUCCAGAGGUUGGCGUUACAAGGCUUUGAGUCGUCUGUCUGCGGUAUAUCCAUUGGAAUUGCAUGGAUACCCGUUCUGGAUGCUUCGGUUAACGGAAAUCUACGAUUCUCGACCGGUCGGGCGACAUGCUUUGGGUAUGGACGGUUGGGAUCGUGCCAUGGACCGGUGGAGGGGUGUAGAACAACGAUUAGGAAGAUGAUUUAGCAUGUAUACAUUCGAGUAAAGAUCCUAUACCCUGUCACCUUAGCCAAUCCAUAUCGCAUAUUCGCUAUCGAGACCUCCAUCCCCC